AUUCUUCCUACGUUUCGUGAGCUAGCUUUCUUUUCAGAAGGGAUACUCAUGCUACACCAAUAUUUUAGAAUUGAUGAAGAAUAUUGCUUUAAAGAAUUUGAGAGGAUCAACUUAUUAUUAAUUUGGGUUUCAAUCUGGUUAGCUGGAUUCAGAAGCAAAAGCAAAGGAUAUUUCUUCCUUCAAAGAGAGAUCUGAGAUUAGCGUUUUCUUUUGUUUUUCCUCUUUGGAUUGGUUUCAUAUAUGUUACUCUACUUAUAUAUUGCGACUACAUAUGAAUUUCUGAGGUUUUCAUUGAUUGAAGUUCGACCGUUCGUGAUUUCUAAGGGGAAAAAGGAAGUUACAGUUUCAUUGGAAUGGCACCGUUCUUGCUUCAUGGAAUCAUUAGGGCAACGAUAUUUGAGAUUGAUAGACUGCAAACCGGAUGUGGUUUUAAUCUCUGCGGCAAAGCUGGGGGCCCUGAAAAGAUGACCAAGAAGUUCUUGUCACAACUAAAAAGAGCAGUGUUAUGCAGGCCAGAGGUAUAUAUUCUUUUUAUUUGGAGAUUGCUGGUUCAAGGCUAUAUGCAACAAUUGAUCUAGAAAGGGCUCGAGUUGGACGAACCAGAAUGAUUCAAAAUGAUCCUUCAAACCCUCGUUGGUACGAAGGAUUUCGAAUCUAUUGUGCCCAUUUGGUCUCAAAUGUAAUCUUCACAAUAAAAAAUGAUGACCCAAUUGGAGCCACUCUAAUUGGAAGAGCUUAUUUGCCUGUGGAAGAAAUCAAAAGUGGAUACAUAGUGGACAGAUGGUUAAAGAUUUUGGAUGAAGAUGGUAGCCCAAUUUCUGGUGGCUCAAAGCUUCAUGUUAGGAUGCAGUUUUUCAGCGUGGAACAGGACGGUGGUUGGUCUCAAGGAAUCAGGAGUAGCCUUGCAUUCAAAGGGGUUCCAUUUUGUUUCUUCAGGGAAAGGCAAGGCAAUAGCGUGACACUGUAUCAAGAUGCUCACAUGCCUGAUGAUGCAUUUGCAGAAUACUUGGAAUCCAAGAUGCAUUAUGAACCUCAGAGAUGUUGGGAGGACAUAUUUGAUGCCAUUUCCAAUGCAAAAGACAUCAUUUACAUAACGGGUUGGUCUGUGAAUGCCAAAAUUACUCUGGUUAGGGAUCCAGGCAGGCCAAAACCAGGAGGCAACAUUACUCUUGGUGAGCUGCUGAAAAACAAGGCUAAUGAUGGUGUCAGAGUGCUUUUGCUUGUUUGGGAUGAUAGAACUUCAACUGAAGCUCUUAAAAAGGAUGGACUAAUGGAAACACAUGAUCAAGAAACGUGGGAAUUCUUCCGAAACACCAAUGUACAUUGUGUUUUGUGUCCUAGGAAUCCUGAUGGUGGAAAAAGCAUAAUCCAGGGAUUCCAGGUUUCCACAAUGUUCACUCACCAUCAGAAGACUGUCAUUGUUGAUGCUGAAAUUCCGGGAGGAGGAGAAUCUGGGAUGAGAAGAAUUGUGUGUUUUCUUGGUGGGAUUGAUCUAUGUGACGGCCGAUAUGACUCGAUUGAGCAUCCAUUGUUCAGGACUUUAAACACUGUCCACAAAGAUGAUUUCCACCAGCCUAAUUUUCCAGGCUCAAGUAUCACAAAAGGCGGCCCCAGGGAGCCUUGGCAUGAUAUUCAUUGCAAAAUUGAAGGGCCUGCGGCUUGGGAUGUGUUGUAUAAUUUUGAACAAAGAUGGCAAAAACAGGUUGGGAAUAAUCUUCUUUACACCAUUGGUGAGUUGGAUAGGUUUAUUAUCCGGCCAUCCCCUGUUACUUCCUCAGAUGAUCCGGAAACAUGGAAUGUUCAGAUCUUCCGGUCAAUAGAUGCUGGCGCUGUCACCGGUUUCCCUGAAAGUCCUGAACAGGCUGCUGAAGUAGGGCUUGUGAGUGGCAAAGAUAAUGUCAUUGACAGAAGCAUUCAGGAUGCUUACAUCAGCGCCAUUCGCCGCGCCAAGAAUUUCAUUUACAUUGAGAAUCAGUACUUCUUAGGAAGCUCAUUUGGUUGGGAAGGGAAUGAUAUAAGAGUUCCAGACAUCAACGCAUUGCAUCUUAUACCUAAGGAGCUCUCACUGAAGAUAGUUAGCAAGAUCGAAGCCGGUGAGAGGUUUACCGUGUACAUUGUCAUUCCAAUGUGGCCUGAAGGGGUGCCGGAAAGCGGUUCUGUUCAGGCCAUAUUAGAUUGGCAAAGAAGGACAAUGGAAAUGAUGUACCAGGACAUUGCACGAGCUCUUCAGGCUAAAGGGCAAACAAAUGUUGAUCUUAGAGAGUAUUUAACAUUCUUUUGCCUGGGCAAUAGAGAAGCUAAAGAAGUUGGUGAAUAUGCUCCUCCACAAGCUCCUGAUCCUGACACUGAUUAUGCUAGAGCUCAACAUUCCAGGCGCUUCAUGAUUUAUGUUCAUGCCAAAACCAUGAUAGUGGAUGAUGAGUACAUAAUUGUGGGAUCUGCAAACAUCAACCAGAGAUCAAUGGAUGGAGCAAGAGACAGUGAGAUAGCAAUGGGAGGGUAUCAACCACAUCACUUAGCAAGUUCAUCAGGGCCACCAAGGGCCGGCAAAGUAUUCCGAUUCCGAAUGGCUUUGUGGUUGGAACAUCUGGAUGUGUACAAUGAAGUAUUCUUUCAUCCAGAGAGCCUACAAUGUGUGAAGGAGGUGAAUUCCAUUGCAGAUAAAUAUUGGGAGCUCUAUUCAAGUGAUUCAUUUGGUGAGACUGAAUAUCUUCCGGGUCAUCUUCUUAGGUAUCCAAUUAGUAUUUCAAGCAAUGGUGAUAUCGGUAAUCUUCCUGGAGUUGAAUUCUUCCCUGAUACCAAAGCCCGUGUUCUUGGGACCAGAUCUGAUGUCCUGCCUCCGAUCCUUACUACUUGAUUUCAUUACACCAGUGUUAAUAGUAGUGAAAUUGUAUAUAUUGUACAUGUGAUGUUACUUACAUACAUAACUAUAUGAUAAAUGUAAAUUAAUUUGUUGUAGUGUCGUUUGCACGCACAUGUAUCAUUUUUUCACCCCAACCAAUUAUGCUAAGUGAAAGUCAUAUUAAAUUUGUUUG